GAUAAUCCACCCAGGAGUAGCCUAUUCCUCCUAUUUUUGUCUUUUUAUUCUUACCUAGGUGUGGGACAGGCAUUGUGUCAUGGCCGCGGCGACAACACAUGUGUGAACUAGUGACGUCAAGUGGCGAGUGCUCUCCCUUUACCCAUGACAUCUCACCGCAGAUUGAGUGAUUCAAGCAAUCACCAGUAUCACAAAAAAAUGGGUGACAAUACUAUUUCAAACCAUACAAAAAAGAAAUCAAAGAAGAACAAAAAGUUAAAGGCCAAUGCUGCCAUUUCUGAUGAGGUGAAAAAUAAAAUAAAGGCCAUUCCUGUCACUCGUGAUGAAGUGGAAAGACUUGAUGCCAAAGAUGCAGAGACAGAAGACUUAGCCGAAAGUGUUGACAGCGGCUGCAUCCCAGACAGUUCCUCUGACAUCAUGGCUGAUGUGAUGGAUACCGCACAGAUGGAAGCUGCCCUUAUAGAAGAGAAUAGAUUCAUAACUGAUUUGCUGAGAUGGCUGCCAGCACCUCUCCAGAGUAAAGAAGAACCAGAGCCAGAGACAAGGAAGGGAAAGAAAAGAAAGCUUGAUGAGAAGCAGAAAGCAGAGGGAAGAGGACCUGGCAACAAGAAACGUAAAGUUGGUGUCGAUGCUGUAGGGAGCCAUGGAGAUUUAGAUCAGCUGCAAGACAAAUAUCGCAAUAUCCUCAAUGAUUUAAGGAAAAACAGAAAUAAGAAAAAGGACCCUAUAACUAAAAAGAAGGAAGCAAAGCUAGCAAAAAAACUGAAGGUUCUUGAGAGGAGAAAAGGCAAGAGAUCAAAAAAUAAAGUAAAAUUGUCUGUACAGCCUGAAAUCAGUAAAGAGAAGAAGAAACAGCAAAGCAGUCCAAAAAAUAUCAGACCACAAAAGCCCAUCUACAAUCAAAAAGGGGAGUUGGUGUUCAGCAAAUUUGACUUCUCCAACAACCAACUUUCAGGAGACACUGACUCCAGCACAAAAUCAAAGGAUCUCAAACAGAUUCUUUCACAGGCCUUGAAAGAAAAGGAGAAGAUGAAGCACUUAGAAAAGAAAGGGGAUAAAGAAGGUGCCAUAAGCAUUGCUGAGCAGAAAGCUUGGUCAAGUGCACUUCAGAAAGCAGAAGGAAAGAAGGUAAAAAGUGAUGUUGAUAUGUUGAAGAAAUCAAUUAAGAAGCAGGAGAACCGCAAGAAAAUGAGUCAGAAGAAAUGGGAACAGCGUAAAGAAACUGUACAGAAGAAUAAGAUGGAUAAACAGAACCAGAGGAAAAAGAAUAUAACUUCUCGUAAGGAGGCUAAGCUAGAUAAGAAAAUGAAGAAAAUGAAAAAGAAGGGUCACAUAGUUCCUGGAUUCUGAUGAGUAACAUUAUGUAAAGUUAUUUAGGAAUGUCAGGAUGAAGUUUGUAAGAAGAAUGAUGUAUUGCAAAAUAAUGCCAUAUAAGUUCAUAUGGAGAAGUAUUUACUCAGUACACCUCGCUGGUAACUCUACAUUGAAAUCUUUCAUGAUAUUGAAAUCUAAUUGUGUAAUAAAAGAAAGAUUAUUUUUCUUGUAAUAUUAAAAUAACUGGUUAAAGAUAUACAAAAAUAUUAGUGGAGAAGCAUCAGAAAAGUAUAAGAAUUUCAACCUAAUGAUGUAAUCUCAAAUUUUAUUUAGAUGUGUAAAAUGUACUGUGUACAAACGACAAAUCAAGGACUUCAGAACAAUCUUGCAAUAAUUUUCAGUAUCUUGGUGUCAGCAGUUGGAAUAUGACAAAUUUGACCAAUAUUAGAGUGUCAGAGCAGUCUAUUGUGAUUGUAGAAAUUUGAAAUGUCUGAUGCUUUGAGGUUACAAAAGUUAUUGAAAAUGAGUUUAUUAUAAAUAUCAACUCAGCUGUGCAAACAUAAAUCAUGGAAACUCAGAAUUUGAGUUGAAGCUGCUAAAUUGCUAUUUAAUAAAUAAAUACUAAAAAAUGUGGUCUAUGUAGUAUAUGGAGGGGAUUGAAUAAAUAUUUUAAGGAAUUAA